AAAAAAAACAAAUUACAGCAUUAAAAUCAAUAAAAGCGUACCAAAGAUGUUUGCGUAAACCAUAUAUUGUUCUUUUGAUAACAAACAGUAAUUAAAAGUGCGCGGGCGUGUUGGAAAUUACCCUCGUCCGAAACUCACUUAGUAAUUUUAAUUUUAUCGCGUUGGUGCUCCUUGACAUUUAACCACGUGUUAACCUUAAAAUGGUGGAAGUAAACAACACGGAACCUGAAUGUUCAAAAAAACAGAAAAAGCCUCCCAAACGGGGCAUAAUCUACUUGUCCACGAUCCCGCCAUACAUGAACGUGACGAAAAUUCGUGAGGUUUUCGGUCAUUUUGGGAAAAUCGGUCGGGUUUAUCUUCAACUUGCAGAGACAGAGGGUAAAAAUGAGAAAAAAUCGAAGAGGAAAGUGGCGACGAAAUUUACGGAGGGUUGGGUGGAAUUUGAACGAAAGUCAGUAGCAAAAAGAGUGGUCCAAUUGUUGAAUAAUACACAAGUUAGUACACGCAAAAAAUCCAAACAAUUUGAUUGUAUCUGGAGUAUUAAAUAUUUAUCAAAUUUUAAAUGGACGCAUUUGCAUGAAAGAUUGGCCUAUGAGAAAGCCGCCAGGAGGCAAAAAUUGAGGGCUGAGAUACAGCUAGCAAAGAAGAAAACUAAUUUCUUCACGGCGAAUUUGGAUAAAAAGAAAAAAGGGAAAGAGGUGCUCAAUAAGGAAUUGGAAAAUAUUGAGACCAGUGGGGAGGUUCCUAUGGAAGAAGAGACUCAAGAAGAUAGGACAGAAUUUUUACAAWCGCUAUUUUCGUGAUAAUUUAUUAAGUUUUGUAAAUUAUAUAAUAGAGAAUUUUUAUGGCUAAAA